ACCCAUGGGCGUGGCAUUAGCAAUCAACGCGAUCUGGCAGUCCAAACACCUUAAUAAAUACCGAAAAAACAGUAGGUGUAAAAUCACUUUUAGACGGUAUCUCCGCCAACAAUAGAUGUAACGCCGUUUAAUACGUCGAGACAGAUGCGUCGAUCCUGCCGUGCCUUAGAAGAAAGAACUUCAGUCACCAAGAUUUCUCCAAAGUAUUUGCAUUCGCGGAUCAUCCAGAAUGUUUGGCGGAAACCCUGUUUUUCUUCUUAUUAUCUCUACCCUGGUAAUAAUUCAAGAUGACAAACGCUGCUGGGUUACGGCCGCUGCACUUCCGAAUCCGCCCGUCAACCUACUGGACCGAAUCGACCAGGCAUCUCUUCCCUUUGAUGGAGCUCCUUAUGACAGAAAUGAUGCGACAGACGUGACUAUCUUCAUUCUUGAUACUGGGGUCCUGUUUACUCACGAUGAGUUUACCAACGGCCGCGUUAGGUUUUAUAACGAUACCGUUACACCAAACUCGCCCUUUAUGGUGGACGUCAAUGGCCAUGGGACCCGCUGUGCGAGCACAGCCGCCGGGGCCAACAUAGGAGUCGCUCAGGGAGCGACCGUAGAGAGCAUUCGGGUAGCUGGAUCAGAUGGCUUAGCCGCCGCUAACGACGUCCUCGCAGGGCUUGACGAUGUUCAACGGUGGUGGAACAAAAACCCGGGCUCUAAGUGUGUCGUCUCCUACUCACUGAUUUCCACGUCAUUUAGUACGACACUCAACUAUGCUUUCGGGAACGUCAGCAAAAACACUGAUUGCGUGGUCGUCGUGGCAGCCGGAAACCAAGGUUCAGAUGUCAGCCAGGCUGAUGCCUGUAACUACUCUCCGUCUGCAUCACCCCAUGUUAUCACGGUCGGAGGGUCGAGAUUCCGUCAAAAUGGCAUGUCCGAUGAUCGUAUCGGAAUCUCCAAUUACGGUCCUUGUGUCGACAUCUACGCCCCAGCAAGAAAUAUCGAUCUCGCUGCCCCUUCCGGUAGCAGUAAUUCCCACUACCUGAGAUCAUCCGGCACCUCCUUUGCAACACCUGCGGUGGCAGGUGCUGCGGCCAUGAUUCUGUCCACCACUAGCCUGACACCUACUGGGAGGAAGACAAUGACUGAUCUCGUCCUGGACAUCCUUGUUGCGACAAGUUCCAAGGAUAAGCUAAGGAGUCUUCCAUCCAGCAACGCCGCGACUUUACCUUCCAAUAACCGCCUUCUAAACGUUGCCAGCGAUAUUUUCUACGCGUAAACCCCGUUGGGCGUAAUUGUUAAUGAUAAUGUAACGUGGUGAUUGACAUUGUCGAUAUUAUUGUCAUUGACUGAUUACAACAUUGAUGAAGUAAUAUUAGUGACGGUAUAAAACGUUUCUAUAUUCUAUUUAGAUCAAGAUUUCGUUUAAUUUUCUCGACAUUAUUGGUGGUUAGUUUUCGCUACUUGCCAGGACUUUUUUUUAAACUAAUCUUUCUUCUCAUGUCCACCUCAUGCCAUUAAUUCUUUAACCAACGUGCAUGGAAAUUGUAAAAUGCCAUAACGUUUUUUAGUAUAUGGUACAUAUACAAUACAGGUGUGAUAAAAGUCGACUGUAGCAAAGCAUUGUUUGUUCCUUUAGACCACCAAAGCAAGGAAGGAUUAAGUUAGUCAUGAUAUCGCAAAUUCUUACAUUUAAAAAAUUCUGUAUCAUAUUCAUUUUUCAUUCAGUCCCGGGUCGGCCUCGUCCGGUGAGGCUUGAGCAUUUCUGUAUUCACAGGAUUAUUUAAAAGUAUCUUCAUUUCUAGAAUGGAGUUUGCAUUUCUAUUAGCUAUUUCUUUCUUUCGCAACCAACAAUCCCUCAAUUCCUUCAACAAAAACAAAAAAACUCACCUCUUUUGUUACAUUACAUAAAUUUAAAGCGCAUUUGAACUUAUAUAUGGAAAAUGCACUGUAUAAAUACUCUAUUAUUUUUAAUAUAAUAUAUAUAUCUGUUUUUGUUUAAAUACAGAUAUCAACUGGAUUGAGUUAGAGCAUUCCCUUGGAGCUCGCUUUUACCACUCAGGGAAUAUAAGACCUUAUAGUACACCCCAUCCCAUCAAGCACAAGUUAGAUUAAGAUAAUGUAUCGUGUUCAUUAUUCAGUGUUAUCAAGAUUGCUUAACAUUCUGUCCCAUUUUCUUUACCGUGUAUUCUGAAUAUUAGAUUUAAACUCUGAAAUGAUGAUAAUAAACGAUUGAUAUUGUUGGUUAGCAUA